GAAACCGCUUACGAAUAUGUGUCACUUGUGUUAUCGAUGAGUUUUAUUUUUUAUUAACAUUAAUUUAGUGAAAAAAUGUGGUCCGACACAAUAUUAAUUGUAUUUAUAUCGGUGUGCACCGCCUUCCUGGGCGAAGGUCUCACCUGGGUGCUGGUUUACCGGACGGAAAAGUACCAAAAGCUGAAGACCGAGGUGGAAAAGCAGAGCAAAAAGUUGGAGCGCCGGAAGGAGAUCCAUGGUGACUCCCUGGACAAGGCGGUGAAGAAGAAGAUCGAGCGGGAUGAGGAGAAACUGAAGAACAACAACCGCGACCUUUCGCUGGUGAAAAUGAAGUCCAUGUUUGCCACGGGCUUCGCCUUCACCGCCUUGCUGAGCAUGUUCAAUAGCAUCUUCGAUGGCCGCGUCGUUGCCCAGCUGCCCUUCACGCCCAUCUCCUGGAUCCAAGGGCUCAGUCACCGGAAUCUUUCCGGCGAUGACUACACGGACUGCUCCUUCAUCUUCCUCUACAUUCUGUGCACCAUGUCCAUUCGCCAGAACAUCCAGAAGCUGCUCGGCUUUGCCCCGUCGCGCGCCGCCAGCAAACAGGGCGUAGGUCUCUUUGGACCCGCUCCCGGCCAGUUCAAAUAGUUCAAAUUUCACACAUUAAAUUAGCUGCAUUUAGUUCGCAAUGCACC